AUGUGGAGAGUUUCAAAAAAUCAGUCGAGAAAAUGGUCAAAAGAAAAAGAGAAUGAAAAGGAAGCGGAAGUUAAAGUGGAAAUUCCAACACCUCCCAAAAAGAAGGUAGUUAAAAAGGUUGAGAAGGAAGCACCAUAUAACGCUCUUCCUCUCUACAAACCCAAGAUAUAUUUCUCUCUAAGGAUUGUCAAAGCCAAAAUAGAGUCUCAAUCAAUUCACACAGUUUAUGGACGUGAUAAAAAAAUUCAUGUUAAUGUUCCAUGCACUGAGAUUUUGGCCCAAAUGCCAAACUAUGUGAAAGUUUUGAAAGAAAUCUUCUCGAAAAAGAGGAAGUUAGAAGAGCGCAAAACAAUAGCCACAACCAACACAAAAAUUAGAAGCAAGAAUAAUAAUAAUACCUACAAGCAUGAACUGCAAAUUGCAGACAAAUCGAUCAAGUUUCUGGUCGGGAUACAGGAAGAUGUUCGUGUUAAAGUAGGACAUAUCUAUAACCCCACUGAUUUCAUUGUCGUUGGCAUUAGGGAGGAUCCUCGUGUGCCUUUCAUUAUGAGAAGGUCGUUCUUAUGUACUGCAUGUACCAUCAUUGAUGUUAAGAGUGGGACUUUAAGUAUGGAAGUAGGGGUUGAGAGAUUAGACUUUAUAAUGACUACCAUGAUGGAAAACCCCUAUAUAGAGAUCUUGUGUUAUCUAGUUGAAGUAGCAAGGACUAGAGAUAAAUAG